AUGGAAGUGUUGGAGACGGAGGAGUCGACGCGCCCAGCGGUUGCUUUAACGUCAUUGCCGGCCAAUGAUCCGCGGCUGGAAUUUAUCAGCUCAUUCACAUUGAGUUCAUUGCGUCUCAAGCAGGAUAAAUGGCAUCGCAUGAUGGCGACGGACUCUUUUCGGAUCAUUAUGUUUGAUUGGCUGCACAGCGAUCAGCAGCGGCUCCUGGUUAUGACGCUCAAUCAUAGCGGAUAUUUGGUACCGAAAAUUGCGCUCAGUGACUUGAGCCACAAUUAUGCGCUGCAAUCAAGCUUAAACUCAACACCAACAACGGCAACUGCAACAGCAGCACCAACAACAGCCACAAGCGGAGCAGUUGUACCAACAGCCAUAAUAGACCCCUUUUCUGCCUCCACAACAAAUCCAGCUGACCACAGAACAGCAACAACUCCCGCACCAAGAACGAAAACUAAUGAUAUUGACUCACCCACCACAAAUACCGUCACAGCCACCGCCCCCAGCGUCGUUCCAAGUGCUAUUGCUGCUUCAGCUGCUGCCGUUGCAGCGGCAGCUGUUAUGAUGUUGCCAAUGCCGCCACCUUCUAGCAGCUUCUCGACACUCGAUGGCGUGCCGCGUGGCAAAUGCGUUUACUUUGUGCGUCGAAGCGCGAACAUACCGCUGACCGCAGCUAGUUUCCGUACGCAAAUACUGUGUGGCGAUUUGCCAGUGCACAGCAAAAUAGAAACUUUGUCAUUGCUUUUCGAUGAAGUCUUUCAGCCAUUGCUCGAGUGUCCACUCAAUCGGAAAUCAUGGCCGCAGCCGGUGCAAAAGGAUUUGCAAAUACGCAUCAAGGAGGUGCGCAACACGCUAGUUGAGAUCAAGGGGAAGACUAACAAUCGGACAAUUUUAUCAUUAUUAGUGGCACCAGCAGUCAUCGAAGAAGUCGCUCAGGAAGUUAAUCAGGGCAACAUCACACCCGCCAUCGAACAGAAAUUUCGUGUUGCGCUCGAGGAAAUGUACAUCAACUGGACAACACAGAUACAUGAAAUAAUAAUUGAACGAUCAGAAUGCCCCACUGGCUUACAAGCGCGAAGUACAAGCGCCCAGCAGAGCAAAGGUGUGGUAUAUGUAACACUGCCGGCACACGAGAUUGCCUAUUGGAGUAACCGCAAGCAAAAUUUACAAAAUAUCUACGAGCAGCUACGCACAGCGACACACAAAACGCUUACACACAUACUUAAAGCGAUAGAUUCGCCAUACUAUGAUCCAUUCGUGCUGGUCUUCAAGCGUUUGGUGUGCGCUUGGCAUGAGGCGGAGGAUAACACUUUGUGGCUGCAGCCGCUGCUACGACAAACAGCUGCUUUCAAUGCGGUAAACUUUCACGCCGCCACGGAGCUGGUGAAUCCACUCGUGCAUAUCAUACAUCUCAUUUGGACACAGGCACGCUACUAUCGCAGCACUAAACGUAUGACGGUGCUCCUGCGUUGUGUUAGCCAGCUGUUGGUGCGUCGUGCUAGCGAGGACUUGGACUUUCCGCUGCUCUUUCAAGGCGAUGCCGAUGAGGGUUUGUCGAGAAUAACUAAAUCUGUUGAGGUCUUGACACAAUUUAAAACUCGACUAUUGGAAUAUAAGGAGAAGUAUUCUAGCAAUCAACAGCUUUUACCCGCAUUACCGAGUACUUCGCGCGCGGCUGCCUCUUCGUUAUCAACCGAUAGCACCAGCGAGGCUUUUGAGCUUUGGCGUUUCUCUCCAGAGGAUGUAUUUGGUUAUGCGCUGGAUGGUUUUGUGGCGCAAUUGGACGAUAUGCGUACACUUUUUGAGUCUGCGGUGUCCUUUCAAAAUCUGGAAAAAAUAGAAUUUGGCGGUCUACGUGGUAAGCAACUCAACGAGCGCGUACGGCAGGUGCACACACAAUUCAAGGAGAUCUUCGAGCAAUGGACUCUAACCAAAUUCGAUGCUGCUGCACAGUUGGAUACACAACUGCCAAGCAGCGGUGGCAACAACAAGCAUUUCAAGCGACAGUUACGUAAAUUUUUCGAACACAUACACGCGCUGGAGCAAAAAUUGGCGACGAUAUUCGUGCAGGCGUACAAAGAUUGCCAAAAUUGGGAGCAAUUAACUAAGUUAACGGUAAUGCUUGGCAAUAGCAUUCUCCAGCGUCAUACAAUUCUACCGGAACUUCGUGUCAUUGAGUCACAUCUUCUGCAUAUCUACGACGAAGAGCUACAACAGCUGGAAGGUUCAGCUCAUGAAGUGCUUUUGGAAUUUGAAUUUCGCGGUAUUUCAGCUAUACCAAUUCAAUGGGGAUUCCCACCCACGGCUGGCGCUUUAAUGUGGUUGGAACAGCAUAUGCAACGUAUAGACGCGCUGACAUCGCGUGAACUGCAUAACUUUAUGAAGAUAAUGCUCUUUAAUGUUGACUGCACAUCAGCCGAAAGCAGUGAAACAAUUAGGAACAACAACAGCAAUACCAACACCAAUAACACAGAAUAUAGCAACGAGCUGUGGCGUGAAGGUGUCGCCGCCGAGGGGACCGCCAACACCAAUAGCACAGUGAACGCCUACAAACGACUAAAUACACGCCGCGAUAUUUUGACAACAAAGCUUAGCAAUUUGCAAUUGAAAAUCUGGCACAAUUGGCAGCAGACAAUAUGCAAAAGGAUUGCCAAUGGGCUAGAUGCACGUGUGAUGUCCCUCGGCGGCAAUUAUGCGGGCGAGGAGUGUAGCAACAGCAACGGCAACGGUCAUUUGUGCGGACCAAGUGGAAAUUACACCUUUGGCACGAAUUUUCGAAGUGCAAUCACCGCAGCGUUGGCUCGUUCGCGCUAUCAUAAAAGUAACAACAGCAACAACGGCGGCAGCAGCAAGAACACCAAUAGCAGCAUUAGCGGCAACAAACGAAACCACAGCUACAUCAAAGACGACACAACAACAACAACUACAACACCAACAAGAACACCAAAACAACCAGAAAUACCAACCAAGUCGAAAGCCAAAGCAAAAUCACUGCAAAUGAAUUACUCACCGGAUUUAUUUGGACUUUUGCAAGAGGUCAAGUAUUUGCUGGCAAUGCAGCAGGCAGCGAGCAGCUUGCGGCGCGGCAGCAACGAUAUUAGCGAGCCAACAACAUUGGCCAGCAUUUUACUCCGUUUAUAUGCCAAAAGAGACGAGUUUUGGCAACGCAAAGUGAAACUCAUCAAAAUCUGCGAAUUUUACAAUGGUAUUCGUGGUCUAUCUGCUGAUGACGGCGCUAGCUGUCGUGAUGAUGGUCUCACCAUGAUUGGUAGUGCUGCCAAGUUGCGACUGAUUCGUCAUGAAGUGGAUACGAUUGACGAGCGUGUGGAGAAGGCAUGCGCUACGCUCACAUGGCGCACUUACGACACCAACUUGAUGAAUGACAUCUAUAAACGUUCCAAACAACUCUACCAUCGCUUGCAGCAAACCCAACACAACCUAAUGGCCAUCGUACAGAGUAUACGGCGCUGGAGUCGUGAGCCGCUCUACCAACGCUCAGCCUACGGGCGUAACUUGUUGGAUGUACAACAGCAACAGGAACGCUUACGGCAACGACGCCACUACUGCGAUGAGACACGACGUUUGAUGAGCCGCUUGUUGAUUGCCAAUUUCUGUUUGUUUUUCGAUUAUGACCAAGAGCGUUGUGCAAUGGAUGGACAUGACGAUCAAUGUAUACAGGAGUUUUUAAGCAAGUUUUGCACAACACAAAGGCGGAGCUACAAUAAAUAUCUAGCUGGUGUGGAGGCAUUGAUAGAGCGAGAAGUGCGAAUGGCUGUAAAAGUCAGGUGAUAAAAAAUAUGCAUGCAAUAUAUAUUUCGACACUUCUCGGUAACAACAAACGCGUCAACCACUGAAACACCUGCGAAUGAAGAUGAUGAUGGCGGUGUUGGUGCCGGUGGCUUUGGCGGAGAUGACAACAUCUACGGCGCGGGAGUGCAGUCUGUGUAUACGCCUCAUAAGCAACUAGUAGCGGCAGUCGGCAACAAACAGCAUUUGUUGUUGCUCUCACGCCCGCAAACACCAACGGCAACAAUGAUGACGCCAACGGCUGCAACGCCCACAACAACAACAACAACAACAACACCACUGACGAAUAGAGUAAUGUCUGCCAUUAGCAGCGAUAACAACCGUGCUCCAACAGCAACAACAACACACCGGCAGCAACAACAACAUCAAUAUCAACACCUAAACCGAUCGCCGACUGCAAUGUCUGCGGCAACCGCGCUGCCUCUUUUCGAGGUGAAAUUGGAGUUGAUGUCGUCGGAGGCGCAGUUGGCGCGCGAAGAGGAAGCGGACGUGGUGACGCAUACAAAUACGGAAAUACGUUUCGUGCCAUCAUUCAACGUGAGUGUAGAAAAUAAUUUUCAACAAAUUGUCGAGCAGCUGCUAGAGGACAUACACCAGACUAGCCACGGUUGCAUGCCACGCCGAAUUGUUGAUGACAAGGCUCUGUCUGAUGACAACGAAAAGGAUGAUGACGAUGACGAUGAGGAUGACGGCGAGCGUGUUGGUGUUGAGGCUGAAAAUAAUGGCAAACAUGAAUGCAACACCAACAACGGUGAUCAGGUAGACAUAGUUGAAUGCAAUAAUAAUGAUUACGUGCUGCAAGUGAAAAACUCGCAAUGCACACGUCGCAACAAAGUAAAACAUCAGCAGCUGGCGCAACAACAACAGCAACAACAGAAAACAACUGCGUUUAUGACAUCGUUUCAUGAGGUUGCUGUAGCAAAACGUCUACAAUCCCAGCGGUUAACAACUAAGACGAGUCGUACAGCACAGCAGGGAGGGGAAGACAGCGACAUUACCACCGCCGAACUUCAGCAACUAAAUGCCGACAUACGCGUUGCACUCACCACAACUAUUCGUGAUGCUCAACACUUUGCCGCUCAAUUCAACGCAUACUCAUUUCUAUGGCAGCAGCAGCGGGAGCAGGUGUUCCAGGUAACUUUACAAGUCGCACGCGAAAACGAGGCAGUCGCCGGUAAGGGUUAUGCCAUCAUGGAGGCAUUUAAAAUGCAGAUUGAUCGUUACAAUGAACAUCAUGAAGACAUCGAUCAAAUUAACGGCCAACAACGUAUAAAUGGCUGGCUAAGCAUUGACCUAAAUCCGUUAAAAUAUGCGUUGCUUAACCACGUAUGUAAAUGGUCACACCUACACAAACGUUGGCUGUUGCAAUAUGUGGAACGGACAUUAAACGAGCUCACCAACUUCAUCAGUGGCGGUUUGGCAGUUCUACAACUGCCCGUAGGUUUACGGAAUUUUCAUCGCUUGCUGCGCGUUCUCGCUGUUAUGGCCGAAAUUCGUAAACAUGCAACUUAUGCGGAUAAUAUGUUUAAGCCUUUAAAGGACAUUAUUGCUUUGUUGAAAUCAUAUAAUGUUGAAUUUGAUCAACAGCUAUUGCGUAACAUCGACCAUUUGCCGCUGCAAUGGAAGCAUUUAAAGGAUGUUGCUGCAGCACGAUCGGAGGCUCUAGGAGAGGCUCAACGUUAUCAACGGGAGCGCGUUAAUGCUAUGAUUGCCAUAUUCAUGUGUCGCUUACAGAAUUAUGCACGACAAUUUCCGCGGCUGCCGUUCUUCUCAGUCCCGUGCAACAAUGUGCACGUCCUUUGCGACAUUGUCUGCGCCCGCUUAGAUUACUUUGCUUCCCUGCAUCGUCGUUAUCUACACUAUUCCGUCCUGCUUGGUAUAGAAUCGGCGGAUCCGACAACAUUAUACCUCUGCAUCGCCGAAGUAAGACGCAUUAAGCAAUUAUGGGAUUACGUUCAUGUUAUUGAAUCUUGUAUAGUGGAGUGGCAUGCAACACCAUGGCAUAACAUUGACACGGAUGAGUUGGAGACGGAAUGUAAGAAAUUCACACGUGAUCUACGAACGCUGGACAAGUGUGUACGUGAUUGGGCACCGUACGCUUAUAUCGUAGGCAUUCUCAAAGAGUUAAUGGCUUCCUUGCGUGCCAUCACUGAACUACAAAAUCCGGCUAUCAGCGAGCGUCACUGGUUGGAGUUGAUGCAGGCUACGAAACUCUCUUUCAAGAUGGACAAUGAGACUUCUCUAGAUCAAUUACUCCAACUGAAAUUGCAUUUACAUGAAGAGGAAAUUAAAAAUACCGUCGAUCGUGCAGUCAAGGAGAUGACGGUGACCAAAGUGUUGGAUGAAAUUAAAAUCACCUGGACUCGUAUGCGUUUCGAUACGGAACCGCAUCAGCGACGCAUGGAGGUGCAGUUACUAAAAGUCUCCGAAGAGCUGAUGGAGACGCUUGACGAUAAUCAAAUGCAGUUGCAGAAUAUCGCUACUUCCAAGAACAUUGAAUACCUACUGGACAAACUCGUCUAUUGGCAGCGCGUGCUCAAUGAUAUUGAUGCAUUUAUUAGCAGCUGGUUCGAGGUGCAACGUAAGUGGAUUUACUUGGAGGCGAUAUUCAUAGGCACUGCUGAUAUACGCGCACAGUUACCGGGCGACGCCGCGCGUUUUGAGAUCAUUGACUGCGAGUUCACGCGCCUACUAGACGAGGUUACACAUAUUGGCAUCGCUAUGCAAAUAGUAUUGAAGUGUGAGCAAAUUUUCAAAACAUUAAACGAGCUCCAAGAACGUUUGGCGGUAUGCGAGAAGGCGUUGAAUGACUAUCUGGAAACAAAGCGUUUGGUAUUUCCACGUUUCUACUUCAUUUCCGCAGUGGAUCUGCUGGACAUACUCUCGAACGGAAAUUCUCCGCACAUAAUUGAUCGUCAUCUCAUCAAACUGUUCGACUCCAUAUUGCGCCUUCAGUAUGAGACGUACGCUGGUGAUGCUGAUGGCACAUACCGCGCUAUCGGCAUGUUUUCAAAGGAGAAUGACGAGUAUGUACGUUUUGCAGCUGCUAACGAAGCUGCGCCUUAUGUCAUGUGUGCCGAUCGUGUGGAAUUGUGGCUAAAUGGCGUAAUCUUUCAAAUGCGCAACACAUUGCACGAGCUCUUUCGACGUGCGCUUCACGCGCAUGUGAAUCGACAGCGUGAAUCGUGGCUGAAUGAAUGGCCCGCACAGGUCGCUCUCUGCUGCAGUCAAAUCGUUUGGGCAGCCGACGUGAAUCGAGCUUUUUCAUGGAUGGACGAAGGUUAUGAGGCUGCGAUGAAAGAGCUGCACAAACGACAGAUGACGCAACUGAAUUCACUCAUCAACUUGCUGUUGGGCGAACUCACAUCCGGCGAUCGUCAAAAGAUAAUGACCAUCUGCACGAUCGAUGUGCAUUCACGUGACGUGGUCGGCAAAAUUAUACACGCUAAAAUCGAUAGCGCAUUGGCAUUUCAAUGGCAGAGCCAGUUACGACAUCGCUGGGAUGAUGCUGUGCUCGAGACCGAGCGCCGACCAGCAGCAACUGACGAGGACUGUUUUGCGAACAUCUGCGAUGCGGAAUUCCGCUACUCCUACGAAUAUCUCGGCAAUACGUCUAGACUCGUUAUAACCCCGUUAACGGAUCGUUGCUACAUUACGCUAACGCAGUCGUUGCAUCUUGUGAUGGGCGGCGCUCCCGCCGGUCCAGCUGGUACAGGGAAAACCGAAACCACAAAAGAUCUGGGACGGGCGCUCGGCAUGAUGGUGUAUGUCUUCAACUGUUCUGAGCAAAUGGAUUAUAAGUCCUGCGGUAAUAUAUAUAAGGGUUUAGCGCAGACUGGCGCUUGGGGUUGCUUCGACGAGUUCAAUCGUAUAGCAGUGGAGGUACUAUCAGUUGUAGCCGUGCAGGUUAAGACAAUACAGGAUGCUAUUAAGUUGCAUCGAAAUCGCUUUACUUUUAUGGGUGAGUCCAUCGCUCUAGUACCGUCUGUGGGUAUUUUUAUUACUCUCAACCCUGGUUACGCUGGACGUACGGAAUUACCGGAAAAUUUAAAGACACUAUUUCGGCCCUGUGCCAUGGUCGUGCCAGACUUUGCACUAAUUUGUGAAAUUAUGCUUAUGGCUGAGGGUUUCCAAGAUGCGCGCGUGCUUGCACGAAAGUUCAUAACGCUUUACACGUUAUGCAGGGAGUUGUUGUCCAAACAGGAUCACUACGACUGGGGACUACGUGCUAUCAAAUCUGUACUCGUGGUAGCAGGUACAUUGAAACGCGAUGAUCAUAAUCGGCCAGAAGAUCAGGUGCUCAUGCGUGCUCUGCGAGACUUUAAUAUACCGAAAAUUGUCACCGAGGACGUUUCUAUAUUUAUGGGCCUCAUCGGCGACCUCUUCCCGACGUUGGAUGUACCGCGCAAACGUAUCUUUGAGUUUGAAAAGAUAAUACGUCGGGCGGUUAGUGAGAAUAAACUACAGCCGGAGGAAGGCUUUCUAAUGAAAGUCGUGCAGCUGCAGGAUUUACUAGACGUUCGACAUUCCGUUUUUAUUGUUGGCAACACUGGCACGGGAAAGACGAAAAUUUGGCAAACACUACUUGAAACAUAUCGCAUACAGCAGCUUAAGCCCGUGUGUAGUGUACUCAAUCCCAAAGCAUUAUCCAAUGAUGAGUUGUUCGGUGUCGUUAAUCCGACAACGCGCGAAUGGAAAGAUGGUCUCUUCUCAUCCAUAAUGCGUGAGCAGACGAAUAUGCCGGCAGGUAAUCCCAAAUGGAUCGUACUUGAUGGCGACAUCGAUCCAAUGUGGAUAGAAAGCUUGAACACCCUGAUGGAUGACAAUAAAAUACUGACACUUGCAAGCAACGAACGAAUCACACUCAAGCGGGAGAUGCGUCUCCUCUUCGAAGUGGGUCACCUCAAGGCAGCCACACCGGCUACAGUAUCGAGAGCUGGUAUUUUGUACAUUAAUCCACAGGAUAUGGGAUGGUCACCUUAUGUCUUGUCGUGGAUUGAGACCCGCAAUGACCCCAUCGAGCGAGGAACACUGACGACUCUGUUUGAAAAGUAUUUUCCAAGCUUAAUGACAAGACAUCGUAUAUUCCGGCGCACAACACCAAUUAGCGAAAUGGCGAUGAUACAGAUGACUUGUCAUUUGCUCGAAAGUCUAUUGUACAUGCUCAAGCAGGUGAGCACGCUUGACCUUUCCAUCGAAUUAAUUUUCAUCUACGCAACAAUGUGGGGUUUCGGCUCGGCCUUGCAUCAAGACCACAUAAUUGACUGGCGACGCGAAUUUCACAAAUGGUGGACAAGCGAAUUCAAGGAUGUCAAAUUGCCAACACAAGAUUCUAUUUUCGAUUACCAACUCGAUGUGCGGACAAACAAAUUUCGGCGUUGGACUGAAUUGGCUGUAGAGCAAAAAAUCGAGACUAUAGAUAUGGAAUUGCCAAUACAGUCUCUGCUGGUGCACACGGCGGAAAGCGUGCGUCUGACCUACUUCUUAAAAUUGCUCAUCGAACGUAGAUACGCCUGCAUGUUGGUCGGCAAUUCGGGUUGUGGUAAGAGUGCAAUUUUCCGCGAACUUUUCAGUAUGUAUGAAAAUGAAACUGACGCUGUGGACGUUGAUAAUUUAAUGCAAAUGCAAUCUGAGGAUUCAAAACGCGGCAAGAAGCUAAUAUCAGGCAGACCGCGCACGAUUGCGGUGCAGACAACAUAUUUUAAUUAUUACACAACGUCGGAAAUAUUCCAAAAAAUACUCGAACGGCCGUUGGAAAAGAAAUCAGGACGCUGCUUUGCGCCUAGUGGUGUCAAUCGUCAUCUCAUUUACUUCAUCAACGACCUUAACAUGCCCGAGGUGGACCUCUACGGUACAGUGCAACCGCACACCAUCAUACGGCAAUUCAUGGACUACAGGCAAUGGUACGAUCGCCAGCGUUUACAACUGAAGGAUAUACGGCACUGUCAAUUUGUGGCCUGCAUGAAUCCAACCGCAGGCUCUUUCACAAUCGAUCCACGGCUGCAGCGCCAUUUUUGUGUAUUUUCUGUGGCGACACCCUCCGAUGAAACACUACAGCGCAUCUUCGGCACAAUUUUACGCUGUCACUUGGAAAAUCCCUAUAACUCCUUCAGCAAGGAGAUCAAAGGUAUCGGUGAGCUCUUGGUACAGGUCGGUAUUGCCUUACAUCGGCGUGUAGAGUACGCGUUUCUACCCACAGCGGUGAAAUUCCACUACACUUUUAAUUUACGCGACUUCGCGAACAUAUAUCAAGGUCUGAUGUUUAGUUGUGGCGCGUCGCCCGGUCAAGCGGCUAGCGCAAUGUUGGCCAAUAAUGGCACCAUAUGUAGCAAGCCGGCCGACUUGAUACGCUUAUAUGUGCAUGAGGCAUAUCGCGUCUAUCAUGAUCGGCUCGUCGAUCAGUAUGAUAUCAAAUCUUUUAAAGCUACGAUACGCGAUAUAUUCAAGAAAGAUUUUGAAGACUUCGAUGAGGAUUUCGUUUUCGCCGAACCUCUUAUCUACAGUCACUUUGCGCAGUCGCUCGUUGAUCAGAAAUAUAUGCCACUACGCAGUUGGGAGAAGUUGCACCAAUUGUUGAUGGAGGCGCAGGCAAACUACAAUGAGGCCGUCGGCUAUAUGAACUUGGUACUCUUCGAAGAUGCCAUGAUACAUGUUUGUCGCAUCAAUCGCAUAUUGGAAAGCCCACGUGGUAAUGCGCUACUUAUCGGCGUUGGCGGUUCGGGCAAACAGACGCUCGCACGGCUCGCGGCGUUUAUCUCAUCGCUAAGCGUGCUCCAAAUACAAUUGAAACGUGGUUUUGGCUUGCAGAAUCUUAAAGAAGAGUUCGCCACUUUGUACAUGAAGGUCGGACUGAAGAAUGUCGCCUCUGUCUUUCUCAUGUCCGAUGCGCAAAUACCCGAAGAGUCUCUACUAAUGCUUAUUAACGAUCUUUUGGCAUCGGGUGAGAUACCCGAACUCUUCAGCGAAGAUCAGUUAGAGAUCAUUGUGAAUGGCAUACGCAAUGAGGUGAAACAAAGCGGCACACUGGAUACCAAAGAGAAUUGCUGGCGGUUUUUCAUCGACAAAAUAAGGAGACUGCUGAAGGUGGUACUAUGCUUUUCGCCCGUGGGACAGACUUUACGUGUACGCGCACGUAAAUUUCCAAGCAUUCUCAGCCGUACCAGCAUCGACUGGUUUCACGAGUGGCCGAAAGUCGCAUUGGAGUCAGUCUCACAAAAAUUUCUCAAUGAAAUUGAGCCGCGUAUUUUGCCUCGGAACAUGGUCAAAUCUAUCGGUUGCUUUAUGGCCUACGUUCAUCACACAGUCAAUCAGAUUUCGAAAAUUUAUUUACAAAACGAAAAACGUUUUAACUACACGACACCGAAAACCUUUCUGGAAUAUAUUUUUCUCUAUCGCAAAUUGUUGGUGGAGAAGAAUGGCGAGCAUACGGGACGCAUUCAACGUUUACAAAGCGGCAUGGGUAAAUUGGCCGAGUGUGCGUGUCAAGUGGACGCGUUGAAGAAUCAACUAGCCAUUCAAGAAGUCCAACUGGCGGCAAAAAAUGCUGCCGCCGACAAACUCAUUGUUAUUGUCAGCGCAGAGAGUGAAAAGGUAAAGCGUGAAAAAUCUACGGCCUCUGAAGAGGAAAAACGAGUGCGCAUCAUUGAAGAGGAUGUUUGUAUGAAGACAAAAUUAUGUGAAGAAGAUCUACGCAAAGCGGAACCUGCACUCGUAGCAGCGCAAGCGGCACUAAAUACACUUAACAAGAAUAAUCUCACGGAACUAAAGUCAUUCGGUUCCCCACCCAAAGCUGUGGUGAAUGUUUGUGCUGCAGUUAUGGUUUUAUUAGCAAAAAAUGGCAAGAUACCACGUGAUCGCAGUUGGAAGGCAGCUAAACUAAUGAUGGUGCGUGUCGAUCAAUUUCUCUACGAUCUGGUCAAUUACAGUAAGGACAGUAUACAUCCGAAUAUUAUUGAAGUGCUGCAGGAGUAUUUGAAGGAUCCCGAAUUCAGUCCGGAAAAAGUCGUGCAGAAAUCUGUUGCUGCAGCCGGUCUUUGCGCCUGGGUCAUAAAUCUACGUCGUUACCAUCAAGUAUUUCUCAUUGUCGGACCCAAGCAACAGGCUUUGCAAGAUUCACAAAGGGAAUUGCAAGAAGCUCGUGAAUGUUUAGAAUAUUUAAAAUGUAAAAUUAAUGAGCUGGAAAUGAAAUUGGCUGAAAUUCAGGCGGAAUUUGAAGAGGCCGUCGCUGCCAAACAAAUGUGUCAACGUGAGGCGGACAAAACGGCUUUUACUAUAGAUCUCGCACAUCGUCUAAUUAAUGGUCUGGCCAAUGAGAAUAUCCGUUGGAAGGAAUCAGUGCAAAGCUUACAAGCAAAAAUUGGUACACUACCUGGCGAUAUCUUGCUAAUUUCCUCCUUCUUGUCAUAUGUUGGCUGCUUUACGAGACGCUAUCGCGAAGAGUUGCAACAGAAGAUGUGGAUGACGAGUUUUGCUAAAAUUGAGUCUCUUGUGCCAUACACACUUGCCGUUGAUCCCUUGACAUUGCUUACCGACGAUGCACAGGUUGCGACUUGGAAUAAUGAAGGACUGCCGGUGGAUUGUAUGUCAACGGAAAAUGCAACGAUUUUGACUCACUCCACUCGUUGGCCGCUGAUGAUUGAUCCACAGCUUCAAGGAAUCAAAUGGAUCAAAAAUAGGUAUGGCGAUGAUCUCGUUAUUAUACGUCUGAAUCAAAAGGGUUUCCUGGAUGUGCUAGAGAAAUCAAUGACCAAUGGCGAUACCGUUCUCAUAGAGCAAAUUGGCGAAACCAUUGAUACGGUGCUGGAGCCAUUACUCAGUCGAGCUUUAAUAAAAAAGGGACGUUACAUACGUAUUGGUGGCAAGGAAAUGGACUUUAAUGCAAACUUCCGUUUACUUCUGCAUACCAAACUGCCCAACCCACAUUAUAAGCCCGAAAUCCAGGCACAAACGACACUAAUUAACUUCACCGUCACACCCGACGGCCUGGAGGAACAAUUACUCGCAGAAGUUGUAAAGAUCGAAAGACCCGAUUUAGAGCAAAUGAAGAUCGAUGUAACAGUGCAGCAGAAUAAAUUUAAAAUUUCACUUAAAGCUCUAGAAGAUGAGCUCCUCGUACGUUUAGCCUCAGCCAGCACGAAUGUCUUGGAUGAUCAUGCACUCGUUAUCAAUUUGGAGUCUACCAAGCGUACGGUCGACGAAAUCGAGUUAAAGGUGCGAGAAGCGCUCAUAACGAGCGCGCAAAUCGAUGAGGCACGAAAUAUGUAUCGUGCAGCGGCUAAGCGUGCGGCUAUACUCUACUUUGUGCUUACCGAUUUGAGUCGUAUAAAUCCGAUAUAUAAAUUUUCAUUAAAGUCUUUUAUGAAUGUUUUCAAGAAAGCUAUUUCUACUGCACCGAAAAGCAAAAAUCACGAAAGGCGUGUACAUCAUUUGGUGGCCUCAAUCACGCUACAGACAUUUAUUUACACGAUGCGUGGUCUCUUCGAAGCCGACAAACUGACUUUCACGUCACAUAUGAUAUUGCGGAUACAAAGUGCGGCUGGACAGAUCUCCAAAGAUGAGUUUGACUUUCUGCUGCGUUUUCCACAUGAUCCCAAUUCGCUUUCGCCACUGGAUUUUGUUAGUCGUAAGGCGUGGGGCGGCAUAAAGUCACUGGGUGGUAUCGAGCAUUUUUAUGGUAUUGACAAGGACCUGGAAAGCUAUCCGAAGAGAUGGAGUAAAUUCCUUGCAAGCCCGGCGCCUGAACGUGAGCAAUUCCCAGGCGAGUGGAAAUAUCGUUCGCCCUUGCAGAAACUUUGUAUAAUUAGAGCACUGCGACCGGACAGAAUGUUGUAUGCUAUGAGACUCUUCGUGGAGCUAACUAUGGGUAAGGAAUACAUUAAAGCACACACGCCCACAUUUGCGGAAAUCUAUAAAGAGAUUAACUCUUACACACCAACCUUGUUCAUACUCUCGCCCGGUGUCAAUCCGAUACGCGAUGUAGAGCUGCUUGGAGAGCAUUUAGGCUUUCGCGCAGACUCUGAUACACUGAUAAAUAUAUCUUUGGGACAGGGUCAGGAGCAACUAGCUGAAGGGGCCAUCGUUAGUGCUUUAGCUAAUAAAAAACAGUGGAUCGUUCUACAGAAUAUUCAUUUAGUUGUCAACUGGCUGCCCUCGCUGGAGAAGUUAAUCGAACGUAUCUCAACAGAGAACGAGACAUUGUGUAAUGAUAUAAGCGACUCAAGUUUUCGUCUAUUUAUCAGCGCCGAACCUGCCCCAGAUCCAGAAUAUCAUGUCAUACCGCAGGGAAUACUCGAAUCCUCGUUGAAGAUAGUGAAUGAACCACCGUCAGGCAUGGCUGCCAAUUUACACAAGGCAUGGGACAAUUUUUCGCAAGAGACCUUAGAAACCUGCACACAGGAGGCCGAAUUCAAGGCGAUACUCUUUGCGCUUUGCUACUUUCACGCCGUAUCGGGUGAACGAUGUAAGUUCGGGCCGCAAGGCUGGAACAAAGCAUAUCCUUUUAAUGUGAGCGAUCUCAUAAUAUCGGCUAACGUAUUACAUAACUAUUUGGAAGGUAGCAGUCGCAUACCAUGGGAGGAUUUGCGCUACCUCUUUGGCGAAAUCAUGUACGGCGGACACAUUACGGACGAUUGGGAUCGGCGCCUUUGUCGCACCUAUCUCGAAGAGUUACUACAGCAGGAUUUAAUCGAUGGUGAUUUUCAGCUAUGUCCGGGCUUUCACGCGCCGCCCAAUCUAGAGUAUGAGGGUUAUCACAACUACAUAGAUGAAAUGCUACCCGCCGAGUCACCUGUGCUUUAUGGCUUACAUGCAAAUGCGGAAAUAGGUUUUCUUACAAGCGCAUCCGAGCAACUACUGAAGACCAUAUUUGAGUUGCAGCCACGAGAGUCGGAGCUCAGCACGAAUUGUAGUGCGCCACGUGAAGAACUUGUUAAAAUUAUGAGCGAAGAUUUUUUAGAUAAAAUGCAAGAUGAGUUCAAUUUGCAGGCCUUACUGAAUCGCGUCGAUCGUAAGACUCCUUUCGUGGUGGUAGCUCUGCAAGAGUGUGAACGCAUGAACGCGCUUAUAUGUGAGAUUAAGCGUUCGCUACGUGAACUAUUACUUGGCCUGAAAGGCGAACUCACAAUAACGCCCGAUAUGGAACGUCUGGACCAUGCUAUUUUCUACGACGCCGUGCCGCUCACCUGGUCCCACUUGGCAUAUCCGAGCAUGUUGGGUUUGCAAACUUGGUUCGCUGAUCUCUUGCAUCGUAUUAAGGAACUGUCGAGUUGGCUAAAUGACUUCAAGCUGCCGUGCACAAUUUGGUUGGGUGGGUUGUUCAAUCCGCAAAGUUUUCUCACCGCCAUAAUGCAAGAGAGCGCACGAAAACAUGAUUUACCUCUGGACCGCAUGUGUCUCAGCUGUGACGUGACGAAAAAGGAGAAGGACGAUAUAAGUUUACCACCGUUAGAAGGCGCACUCGUGCAUGCUCUCUACUUGGAUGGUGCCAGUUGGGACUGUCAGCUUAAUUCGAUUGUGCCAUUGCCACCCAAAGAGCUGCUCUGCGCCAUGCCGGUCAUUUAUAUAAAAUCUAUUGUGCAAGAGAAGCAAGAGUCGCAGCGUUGCUACGAGUGUCCACUGUACAAGACAAGAUUACGUGGUGGCACUUAUGUCUGGACGUUCAACUUGAAAACUCGUGAACGGCCAGCUAAGUGGAUACUCGGCGGCGUGGCUUUAUUGCUGCAGCCAUAAGUGAAGGGGGCGAUUAAAAAUCUUUUUAAUAUACUCAAAUAUUAUUAUCAAUAUUUUUUAAACCAACAACACAAGCGCAGUAUUCUUACCUAACCACAAAUUGUUAUCAGCACAUAGU